AUGUUCAUUUAGGUGAAAAUUUGUGAAUAUCGGAAUAGACUCAUAGCAUUUAAUUCAAGUAAAUUGAAAUUCACUUCUUUCAGCUUGAAUUAGUAUUUUGCAAGAAAAAAAUCAAUCUCUUCAAUUAUUAACACCACAACUACAAAUAAGAACGAAGACGGGUGUCAAAAUAUUGUUAUGUUGACAUUUUUCAUUUGAUAUAAAACAUGACAUAUGAAUUAAUAAAAGAUGUCAAUGAAAUUUAUUCGCGAAUUUUUCAUCAUAAACAAUUUCUCAGUGGUGAAAUCAAUUGCUUUCUAAAAGAAUUUGAGCAAAAUAGAAACGACAAAGAAGUGGAAAAUUUGUUUUUAUCGGUACAAUCUACAAUUGAAGCUAAAGAAUCCUCAGUGGAAAAGUGCUUAUCGAAUCUACCUUUGCUGAAGAUCAAACUUGAUGAAACAUUAACAUUGUGUGAAAACGUUUUGAAUCGCAGUGUUAACGAAGAGGCUGAGAAACGUCUGGAUGGAAAUAGGCUUGAACGUGCAAAAAUUUGGAAUCGAUUUGUUGAUGAUAUGAAAUAUAAGCAAUCUUGCGUAGAAAAUACAUUUGAAGAAAAAGAAGAAGAACUUCGAGAAUUUUAUUCUGACUUGGAGCGAAAAUUACAUAUACACAAAUAAAAGAAGAAAUAUACAUAUAUAAGAUGAUGA